AUGACUGUAAUGGACCAAGCGUUCCUGAAGGGGCUCAGCUGGACUGAUCUGAAGGCCGUGGCGAAGGUGAGCCAUCCUCAGGACGUUGUGGUUAAGCCGACACCGACGACUACCCCGCAGGAGAACGGCGUCAAGGCAAACCUCAAGAGAGAGACAAUGAUUGAAGAGUUGUUGAAGGUGCGCAAGCCAAGGCUCUUGGAGCUUGCAAAGCAGCGAGGCGAUACCCAGGCGAUCAAAAUCGAGAAGGUGAAGAGGAGGACGGUCGGCGGCGCCGCGACCCCAGGUCGCACUAGAACCGGGGAGGGAUCGAGGAAGGUCGCGCAGGCAGUCGAAGCCGGGAGUCCGACGAAGAGCAAGUCAAAGGCAAAGGCCAAGGCAAAGGUGACGGCCACGAUCACCGCGGAGGCUUCCGAGGAGCUCCGCCCUCUCGAUAAGGCGCGGGCGAGGCUCCGCGCGCAGAGGGCGAACGAAGAGAAGGAGAAGGAGAAUAAUGUAGCGUCGAACAAGGAAGACGUUGUUGGCCCUAGCGGUCGCCAAGGCAUGGAGGCUCUCGGUGGCGUGUCCGUGGAGUCAACGGAUCCAGCGACCAUCCCCGUCUCUCCAGCCCAAGACACUGCUAAGGAGCUAGAGCCAGUUCGCGAGGAUACCGACAUGAACGCGAACGCCUCGGGGUACCACUUGAGGUCGCAAGCCGGGAGAUCCAAGCGAGUAUUAGUCCCUAUGGGUGAGCCUUCAGUUGCCAUCAAGACGAAGCGCACCACUCGCGACCAGAGUCGCGCGAUCCUCGACGAUCGGCGGGUCGGCUUGCUCUCGCCCGACCCGAGUGACCAGAGGCCGGUCUUCAGCCGUCCCACUCCCACGAAGCCCACGGACACUACAGAAAGCUCUUCCAUUGGCGGCGCGGACGGCGCGGGAAGGAACGACUUUUCGCGUUCGGGACUUGCACUCGGCAAUGGCGACAUGCAAGCGUCCGCAGAGAACUCGAAGGAAGACGAAGGUGAAGAGGCAGACCUGGCGGAGGAGGAAGAGGUCUAUGAGAUGACGUCGAUGGAUAACAUUGUCAUUGGGCUGGAGGAUGACGAUAAUUCGGUCAGGGCCGUCGAAGACAAACAAGCUAUUGGCAAGGGCAAGAGGAAGGCCGAGACCGAGGAGUCUCCCGUUACGCUCGUUGAAUCGCCUAAGGUUGCGAAGCGCCGCCGAACGAGCUUUGCGCCCUGGCUGUUCACUGCCAUGCCUUAG